CAAAAAUUUGCAAUCUUCCUGCAGUAGAGUCCCUCAGCUACACCUGAUUAAUUAAGAAUGAGUGAGAUGUCUGCUCAUCAACAACUUCCAUCCUUAGCUGCUGAACGUCGUCGUGCAGACUAUCAUCCUAGUGUGUGGGGAGACUUUUUCCUCUCAGACGAUGCUUCUCAAGAAAGGAUGGACUUUGAUGACACGUCAAAGCAACAAAUUGAAGACUUGAAGAACGAGGUGAAGAGGAUAUUUGAAGUUGCUGCUUCCGAUGAUAACCGGAGAGAGCUAUUAAACUUGGUCAAUCAUACUCAACGUCUAGGCAUCGGUUAUCACUUUGAGAAAGAGAUUGAUGAAGCUCUGAAGCAAGUUCACGAGAGAAGCAUCGAGUCUGUGGAUGGUCCAAGCUUUGCCAGUGAUCUUUACACCACUGCCCUCAUGUUCAGGUUGCUAAGGCAGCAGGGUUACAAGAUAAAUAGCAGUGCGUUUAGCAAGUUCAAGGGUCCGGACGGAAACUUUGAUGAGUCACUUGAAACCGACGUGAGAGGUUUGCUGAGCUUAUAUGAAGCUAGCCAUCUCCGGACUCACGGAGAGGAUGUUCUUGAGGAAGCCCUAGCUUUCACUCUCACCCACCUUGCCUCCACGAAUGAGAAGCUCGGCCCUGCCCUCAUUAGAGAUGAGAUAAGCCGCUCCCAAAGGCAGUUUAACAUUCGUAAGGGGUUAACAAGACUAGAUUCACGAAAAUAUAUUAAAAUAUAUGAAGAAGAAGCUUCACACAAUAAAGUGCUCCUGAAGUUGGCAAAGUUAGAUUUCAACCUGCUACAGACGCUGCACCAAAGGGAAAUAGGCUGCAUCGUGAGGUGGUGGAAGAGCCUAUAUGUCAAGAAGAAUUUCCCUUUUACAAGAGACAGGAUCGUCGAGUGCUACUUCUGGAGUAUGCUAGCUUAUGAGCUAGAGCACGGAUCUUUUAGGAUAAUAUUUACCAAAGUAAUUGCCAUGAUCACCAUUAUUGAUGAUAUCUUCGAUGUCCAUGGCACAUUCGAAGAGCUGGAAGUCUUUACCCGUGCUGUUGAAAGGUGGGACAUGGAGGUCAUAGACGAGCUGCCUGACUAUAUGCAAGUGUGUUACAGAGCAUUGCUAGAUGUUUAUAGAGAAGCUGAGCACUUGUUGCCUGAGGAAGUAGGAUCUUAUAGCAUAUACUUCGGUAUAGAAUCGAUGAAAGGUAUGGUGAGAGCAUAUUUUGCUGAAGCGAAAUGGUACCAUCAUCAAUAUACCCCAACAAUGGAGGAGUACAUGCAAGUCGCAUUGGUCUCAGGUGGCGGUUUAUUCCUAGCAGCUACAGCCUUCGUAGGGUUAAAGGAUGUUGUAACCAAAGAUGACUUUGAAUGGCUGUUCAAAAUUCCGAAGAUUCUUAGGGGUUGUCAAAUCGUAAUUCGAUUAGUAAACGACAUGGUCACUCAUAAGUUUGAACAGAAGGUAGGCCAAGUGGCUUCAGCCGUGGAAUGCUACAUGAAGCAAUAUGGCGUCACUGAGGAGAAAGCAAAACAUGAACUCUGGAAGCAUGUCAAUGAUGCCUGGAAAGACAUCAAUGAAGAGGCCUUACACCAGACGGUCGUCUCGGCUCCACUACUUAAUAUGAUCGUCGACAUCGCCCGUAUGAUUGGUGUUUGGUAUGAAGAUAUUGAUAUCUACACACAUUCAAGCACCAGGAUGAAGGAUGGCAUUACUUCCCUGUUCAUCGAUCCUUUUCCCUUAGAUAUGUAGCAGUGGAAUUAUGAGAUUCGGGGUCCCCGAAAUAUAUGUUUGAGUGUGUGUUUCUGCCCAUGUGUGGAGUGAAAAUAAAACUUUAUGCAGUGAGUAUGCUUUGUAAUAACACGUGUUGCAC